AUGCCUUCCUGGUGGGACUAUCUUCAUUUCAACAGACAGUACCACAACAAAAGAAACUUAGAGGAAGGUCUUUUUCAAAUUGCAUCGCAAACUUGUAAUAUUUUGGUGAAAGUUAACAACACCAACAACAUAAAUCUGACGAGGAACAAUAGAAGUGAUGAGUACGGUUGUGCUGGGCCCCCUAAAAACAAGAGCUCAAUGCAGAUCUGCGUGCCCAAGUUCAGGAAGAAUUCCAUCACGUCAGGCUGCAACCCUGGACUAUCGGCUUGUUUGUAUAUGUACAAGCUGUUACUGGAAACUAUUCCUAUUGCGAAUACAAAAUAA